AAUGCACCACUUCUCUGGCCAUGCUGAGGCCGCGUCCCACAUACAGCAACUAGAAGGAUGUGCAACUGUGACAUACAACUAUCUACUGGGGCUUUGGGGGGGAAAAAAGGAGGAGGAUUGGCAAUAGAUGUUAGCUCAGAGCUGGUCUUCAUCAGCAAAAAAAAAAAAAAGGAGGAUUAACAUGGAUGUUAGCUCAGGGCUGAUCUUCCUCACAAAAAAACAAAAAAGAAAUAAACACAUAAUAUAAAAAAAAAUUUCUCAGGCAACUAGACUUUUGGUGGUGAACGCAGUGUAGUCUAUACAGAAGUCGAAAUGUAAUGAUGUACAACUGAAAUCUAUAUAAUGUUAUAAACGAAUGUUACCUCAAUUAAAAGAACAAUAGGAAAAGAAAAAAUCAAAUAAAGAAAUUUUAAAGGUAAGGAGGGGAAAAAAAGAACAUUUUUUAUUUGUUAAGAAAAAAUAAAUUUAAAAAGGAAAGCAGUACUUAAUACCACUAAACUGUACACUUAAAAAUGGUUAAGAUGGUAAAUUUUAUGUUAUAUGUAUUUUACCACAGUAAAAAAAUUUUUUUUAAAUUUCUCACCUAGAAAUAAGAACAGGGCUGGAGGUAGAUUGAAUGGCUGAUGAUAGAAUGCAGCAGGUAUUAAAAUCAUGUGGCCCAGGGGUGGGGCUGUUGAGGUUUCUGAAGACCACAGAGUCAUUUCCCUGAGUAUUACAGCUUGCUUCCUGAGAGGGCAUUUGGGAAAGAGGCUCCAGCAGAGGGCCCCAAGAGAGAUGCCAGCGCAUCUCGUGUUCUCGGGGCAUUGAGGGUGAACAAAUGGUGAUGAGGAUGAUGACAGAAAGCAAGAAAAGGAAAUUAGCAUUCAUUGGACACCCAGGAUGCACAAGGCACUUUGCUAGUAUACACAUUCUCUUUUAUUUUUCCAAAGCCUUGAGUGCAGUCAUUCUCAAUCAGGGGCAAUUUUGCCCCCAAGGGAAUAUUUGCCCGUGUCCAGAGAUAUUUUUAAUUUCGAAACUGGGGGAUGCUACUGACAUCUAGUGGGUAGAGACCAGAGAUGCUGCUAAACAUUCUACAAUGUACAGGACAGACCCUCACAACAAGAAUUAUUUGGCCCAAAAUGUCAAGAGUACUGAGGCUGAGAAAUCCUGCUUGAAUGGUAGGCAUGAUAAUCUUCAUUUUUAUGGAUCAGAAACCUGAAGUUCUGAGAAGCUACCAGGCAUUCAAUCCUAGGCUUAUACAGCUCCAAUGCCAUGCUCUUUCACCAUGCCGUAGUGAUAAGAAGAACAGUGAUGGCAAUGAAGGUGGCAAAGAUAAAGAACUAGGGCACAAAUGGGUGCUCAAUAGAUAUUUGUUGAAGAAGUAAAAGAGUGAAUGACGGGGGGCAAUAAUGAGGAUGAGUGUGAUCAUCCUCUCGCCACCCUGACACGCCACCUUGUUCUUGUUCCACAAUACAAAAGUGAGUCAGGGAUUAUGAUAAUAAAUAAAAUCAAAUGAUGGUGGGUGGCCUCAAGCCCCCAGGCUCAAUUUCAGGAGGAGUCCAGAUUCCAGUGUCUGGGGGUCCAAAUGGAACUACAAGUACUAGAAGUUCUACAACUACGUGGAAGUACAAGAAGACUAUCUGUACACUCUCCUCCUUCACCUUCUCUAAAGAGUUAGAGACAGAUAAGAGGUUCUGAACUGAGUUUGGGUGACCAUUCCCCUCUUUCUCCCAGAAGCCUGGCCCGGCUAUGGCCCCAGAGGAAGAGGAGGAAGUUGCUUCCCAGCUUCUAAAAUUUCUGUGAAUUUGGAGUUGGGCUGAGCCAGAUUUGUUCUGGGAAGCCCUGAAUCUUCUGGGAGGGAACAGUUGAAAGGAAAGAGGGUGGAAGGGGAGGAGCCUGUGAUAAAAGAACAUUUCAUUUCACUUCCUCUUUUGGGCUCCAAAAUUUGUCCUCUGGGGUGAUCUGUCAAGCCUCCAGAGAAGCCUGUGCCUGCCGCCCUGGUGCUGUGGAGCCAGGUCACUCCAGGAGGUGAUGGAGAUUCCUUCAUUCCUACCCAUGCCUGCUGCUGAGAGGAUCUGGGCUGACUGCACACUCUGCCGUCCUUUGGGCCACAUGCUACUGUGGACAGCUCUGCUAUUCCUGGCUCCUGUUGCUGGGACACCUGCAAAUCUCCCAAAGGCUGUGGUGAGCCUUGAGCCCCCGUGGAUCAAUGUGCUCCGGGAGGAUACCGUGACUCUGAAGUGCCAGGGGGCCCACGCCCCUGGGAACGACUACACCCAAUGGUUCCAUAAUGGGAGCUCCAUCACAACCCAAGUCCAGCCCAGCUACAGCUUUAAGGCCAGAAACAACGACAGCGGCGACUACAGGUGCCAGACGGGCCAGACCAGCCUCAGCGACCCUGUGCAUCUGGAUGUGAUUUCCGACUGGGUGCUGCUCCAGACCCCUCACCUGGUAUUCCAGGAAGGGGAGCCCAUCCUUCUGAGGUGCCACGGCUGGAGAAGCAAGCCUCUGUACAAGGUCACAUUCUUCCAGAAUGGAAAAUCCAAGAAGUUUUCCCAUCUGAAUUCCAGCUUCUCCAUCCGACAAGCAAACCUCAGUCACAGUGGCGAGUACCACUGCACGGGAGUUAUAGGGCAAAUGCUGCACACGUCACAGCCUGUGAACAUCACUGUCCAAGGGCCUGGGGACUCUUCACUGGUGGUGAUAAUCGUGUCUGUGGUCGCCGUGAUCACUGCAGUGGCCAUUGGUGCUGCCGCAAUAGGCUGGUUCCGCCUCAGGAAAAAGCAGAUCUCAGCUCUCUCAGGAACCCCUGAGCACAGGGAUAUGGGAGAGACUCUCCCUGAGGAACCAGGUGAGUGCAGCUCCCCUUCUGGGGGCUCAGUGACACCCCACCUGGGGCUGCUGUAUGGAUUGGAGCCAGCAAGAAAUGGCUUGUCCAAUUUCACUGAUGCUGAAGAGGCUAACAAAACUGAGGCUGAGAAUACAAUCACCUAUUCACUUCUCUUGCACCCAGAAGCUCUGGAGGAAGAAACAGAGCCCCCAGAUUACCAGAACAUUUAGUCUUUGUUGUUUUGCAAGAGACUGGCGGAAGAAAACCAGAGAGGCCAGGAUCUGGUGUCUUCUGAAUUCUCCUUAGGGAGGCCAAGAGGAUGCUGCAGUUCCGAAGGAGCAGGACUCUUCCAGAGUUAUCUACAUGAAUUCUAAAGCUCCCUGUCCUAAAAGCCAUAGACAAUAUGGCCCUAGAUGACUGACUGUGCUGAUUCCUUCUGUGCCUUAGCACUUCUCACCAUCAAGACUCUUCUGUUAUACGUCCACACAGCCAAUAAAAAUUACAUUUAUUAAGAGAUUGUAGCAACAUGGGAAAUGCUUAUGUGUUACAUGAGAAAAAUUAUGUAAGUGUAUAUGAUUUCAGAAUUGUUGAAACAGACUAACAUAUGCCAACGUAUUAAAAGUGAUUGUUUUAAGGUGAUGGAAUUAUUGGUACUUUUCAUUUUCUUUCUUUAUUUUUCUCUACAGAUCAUGUAUUACUUUUAUAAUAAAAUACUAUAAAUACAA